CCUCCUUUAGUUUGUGGUGAUUCAAAGGUCACGCAUGUUGCAGCAGGAAGGCCUGGGAAACAAGCUACAGUAUAUACAGCGACGGCAAAAAGGAGACCGACAAGUGUGCCACCUAGAUUUAGUGUUACAUAUGUUAAACAUUAAAUAGCAGCAUAUUUUUAAUACCACUCUAUAAAGAGGGAAUCUGCACUUUAGGGGUCAUAAAAUGUCAUCAAGAGAAGCAGUGGGUCGAUGAAAGUCCAUAUGAAGUCCUAGGAACCAUACUGGAAGAUAGGAACUUCAUUACUUAUGCACCACAGAAAGGAAGAGAAAAUGCAAUGCUAAAGGUUGCUGGCCAACUCUUCAGUGGCUGUGAGUUCUUCUUGACAGGGGAUUUGUGCCAGCCACUACCAUCUAAACUGGAUCUAGAACACCUCAUAAAAAUGGCUGGAGGGACUGUGUUGGAUGUUGAUCCUCGAAAUAGUAGUUUGUCUGAACAUUUAAUUCAUCCUUAUCAUGCAGCUUCCAGUUCAAGCUAUCUCAUCGUACUGGCUAGUGGCCCAACCUUUUGCCCUGACACUCAAAAAUAUACCACACCAUGUAUAUUCCAAGUGUCUCCAUCAUGGAUUUUUGACUGCUUGUCAGAAUUUAAACUCCUACUGUAGUUUUUGUAUCUUGUUCGGACUGUUUAUAUUCUGGUGUAGCCCAUUAUCACACUAUAGCACAUGUUGCAUUUAAUAUUUGAUUUGUAUGGUUGGAAGGGCAAA